GCUUAAAAACAUCUUUCAUAAAUCAAACUUACUCAUUUACUCACUCUAAUUUAACUACAAUUUUACUCGAGUAAUUUUAUUAAGUUACACCCUCAAUUUCCUUGCAAGUGAUGGGAAGGUGCUAUCUUUAUGUGUGGUGUGUGGAAAGACUACGAUUAAGGAUAUGGUCAAAGUACAUACUACAUACAUACUCACUCCUAUCAUUCAUUUCCUACUUCUUAGUUCUUAACUCACUCAUUCAUCUUUGAUUUGUGCUUCCUCUAAGUCUUUCUUUGGGAGAUCUCUUUCUACAGCUUCACUUUGUUACUUUGUUUGUUUACAAACAAUUAAUUCAAAUCUUAGUUUGUGUUUUUCUGACAAAGAUCUCACUUUGUUUGUUUGUUCGUUCUCACACUUUCAGAGAGGCUUUGAGACUGUGCUUCAGAUUCAAUAUCAUGGCAAAGUUGGUUGCUGAGGCAUUUCUUUCUUCUUUCGGUCAAUAUAUUUUUGAAAGGUUGGCUUCAAGUAAUUUGGCAGACUAUUUUCGUAGAGGCAAACUUGACAAGUUGGUGGAAGAACUUGAGUCUACACUCGAUUCUAUCACCCAAGUGUUAGAUGAUGCAGAGAUAAAGCAAUACCAAAUCCCAGACGUCAAGAAGUGGCUUGGUAAUGUUAAACAUGCUAUGUAUGAGGCUGAUCAACUACUGGAUGAGAUUGCUACUGAUGCGCCACUGAAGAAGUUGAAGGCCGAAUCUCAGCCUUCUACUAGCCAUAAUAUUGUCAACUUCAUUCCAACUUUGACUAAUCCAUUUGAAUCCAGGAUCAAAGAAUUGAUAAAGAGCCUACAUUCUCUUGUAGAGCAGAUGGAUACACUGCAAUUGAAAAAUCAAACAUAUGCCAGUAAUGCAGUUGGAUUCAAUUCGAAACCUCCAGGAAUAGAAGAAACUACAUGUUUGGUGGAUGCAUCUGACAUAUAUGGUAGAGACGUUGAUAAAGAAGAAAUGAUCAAAAUUUUACUUUCUUCAGAAAAUGAUAGCAGCAACAAGACACCUAUAAUCAGCAUAGUUGGUUUGGGUGGGAUGGGCAAGACCACUUUUGCUAAGCUUGUGUACAAUGACAACAAGAUAAUGGAGCAUUUUGAACUUAAAGCUUGGGUCUAUGUUUCAGAAUCUUUUGAUGUUGUUGGACUCACCAAAGAAAUUCUCAAGACAUUUAAAUCUCCGGCAGAGGGUGAAUCAAAUUUAAAUCUACUCCAACUGCGGCUGCAACAAACACUAACCGGCAAAAAGUAUCUGCUUGUUUUGGAUGAUAUUUGGAAUGGAAAUGAGAAGAGUUGGAUGCAGUUACUACUUCCUUUUGACCAUGGAUCUUCUGGAAGUAAGAUUAUUGUGACAACACGUGACAAGGAGAUAACAUAUGUCCUGAAAUCCACCAAGUUAUUUAAUUUACAACAAUUGAACAAAAGCGAUUGUUGGAGUUUAUUUGUGACACAUGCGUUUGGUGGCAAGAAUUUGGACGAAUAUCCACAUCUUGAACAAAUUGGCAUGAAAAUAGUCGACAAGUGUGGAGGGUUGCCUUUAGCAGUUAAAACACUGGGCCAACUCUUGCAAAGAAAAUCUGACCAUGAAUGGAGGAAGAUAUUAGAGACUGAUUUGUGGCGAUUAUCAGAUAAGGAUAACGACAUUAACCCAACGCUGAGAUUGAGUUACCAUAAUCUCCCAUCUAAUCGGAAGCGUUGUUUUGCUUAUUGUUCUUUAUUUCCCAAAGGUUAUAUUGACAAACAUGAAUUAAUCAAGUUUUGGAUGGCAGAUGGUUUGUUGAAGUGUUCCGGAGCAGACAAAAGUGAAGAAGAGUUGGGUAAUGAAAUUUUCACCGAUCUGGAGUCAAUUUCAUUUUUCCAGAAAUCAUUUUUUGGAUUUGUCAUGCAUGAUCUUGUCAAUGAUUUAGCAAAAUCAGUGUCAGGAGAAUUUUGCAUGCAAAUAGGGGGUUCUAGGGUGGAAGGUAUCCCUGAAAGAACACGCCACAUUCUGUUGUCUAGUCAAUUAAAUUGUGGUGAUAAAUUACUAGAGUCAAUUUGUAAAUGCAAGGGACUACGUAGUUUGAUAGUAAAGAGCAACACAACUACGUUGAUAAGCAACGAUGUGCAACGUGAUCUGUUUUCAAGACUAACAUGGUUGCGGAUGUUAUCAUUUAGAUAUUGUGGUCUGUCAGAGCUAGUUGAUGAGAUAGGCAAUUUAAAACUUUUGCGUUAUCUAGACCUUUCUCACACAGAGAUUAAAAGCUUACCUGAUACCAUUUGUAUGUUGUAUAAUUUGCAAACACUCUUGUUGGAAAGGUGUGAUGAAUUGACAGAGCUUCCUUCAAAAUUUUCCAAACUCAUCAAUUUACGUCAUCUUGAACUCCCUUUUCGUUAUAGGCAUGUCCCUGUUUUAAAAAAGAUGCCAAAGAAUAUAGGAAAGUUGAACAAACUACAGUCCUUGCCUUACUUUAUUGUGGAAGAGCAGCAUGGGUCUAAUAUUAAGGAGUUGGAGAAACUAAACCAUCUUCAUGGAAGCAUUCAUAUUAAAGGACUGGGUAAUGUCAUUGAUCCUGCGGAUGCUGUGAUGGCCAAUUUGAAAGAUAAGAAGUAUUUAGAAGAAUUAUAUAUGGAUUUCUGUAAGAAUGGAAGAGAAGAAAUGAAUGAGUUGAUUGUUGAAAGAAAUGUAUCUGUGUUGGAGGCUCUUCAUCCAAAUAGCAACUUGAAGAGGUUGACCAUUGUAAACUACAGUGGUAAUUCUUUUCCAAAUUGGCUAAGGGGUUCUGAUUUACCCAACUUGGUAUCUUAUAUAAUGCUUAAAGAGGUUUAUAUAAGAGAAUGUCCAGAAUUGAAAAGGAUUCCGCCUCAACACCUUCCUUCUUUACAAAAAUUGGAGAUAAGUGAUUGCAACAAGUUGGAGGAAUGUUUAUGUCUUGAAGGAUCUCCAUUGCUUAAAGAGCUUUAUAUAAGAGGAUGUCCAGAAUUGAAAAGGAUUCCGCCUCAACACCUUCCUUCUUUACAAAAAUUUGAGAUAAGUUAUUGCAACAAGUUGGAGGAAUGUUUAUGUCUUGAAGGAUCUCCUUUACUUGAAAAUGUUUCUAUAAAAAGAUGUUCCAAAUUGAAAAGGGCCCCCUUGCCUCAACACCUUCCUUCUUUACAAAAAUUGGUGAUAAGUGAUUGCAACAAGUUGGAGGAAUUGUCAUGUCUUGAAGGGUUUCCUUUGCUUAAAGAGCUUUAUAUAAGAGAAUGUCCAGAAUUGAAAAGGAUUCCGCCUCAACACCUUCCUUCUUUACAAAAAUUGGAGAUAAGUGAUUGCAACAAGUUUGAGGAAUGUUUAUGUCUUGAAGGAUCUCCAUUGCUUAAAGAGCUUUAUAUAAGAGAAUGUUCCAAAUUGAAAAGGGCCCCACUGCCUCAACACCUUCCUUCUUUACAAAAAUUGGUGAUAAGUGAUUGCAACAAGUUGGAGGAAUUGUCAUGUCUUGAAGGGUUUCCUUUGCUUAAAGAGCUUUAUAUAAGAGAAUGUCCAGAAUUGAAAAGGAUUCCGCCUCAACACCUUCCUUCUUUACAAAAAUUGGAUAUAAGUGAUUGCAACAAGUUGGAGGAAUGUUUAUGUCUUGAAGGAUCUCCAUUGCUUAAAGAGCUUUAUAUAAGAGAAUGUUCCAAAUUGAAAAGGGCCCCACUGCCUCAACACCUUCCUUCUUUACAAAAAUUGGUGAUAAGUGAUUGCAACAAGUUGGAGGAAUGUUUAUGUCUUGAAGGAUCUCCUUUACUUGAAAAUGUUUCUAUAAAAAAUUGUUCCAAAUUGAAAAGGGUCCCCUUGCCUCAACACCUUCCUUCUUUACAAAAAUUGUACAUUUGUGAUUGUGAAAUGCUGGAAGCAUCAAUUCCUAAGGGUGAUAGUAUGAUAGAGUUAGUUCUAGAGAGAUGUGAUCGGAUUUUGGUAAAUGAAUUGCCGACCAGCUUGAAAAAGUUUGUCCUUUUGGGAAAUCGGUACGUCGAGUUCUCCGAUGAGCAAAAUUUAGUAAAGUGUACCGUUCUUGAAGUGUUGAAGUUUGAUUUAGAAGGAAUUGUAAAACGUCCCUCUUUAGAUCUGCGUUGCUAUAAUUCUCUUCGUAAUCUUACAAUAAAAGAAUGUCACUCUUCCUCCUCCUUGCCUUUUUCACUACAUCUGUUCACCAAUCUUGAAUAUCUCAAGUUGUACGAUUGCCCACAGCUGGAAUCAUUUCCAAGUGGAGGUUUGCCUUCCAACUUGACCAGACUUGAAAUAGAGAAUUGCCCAAAACUGAUUGGUUCGAGAGAGGAGUGGGGUUUGUUCCAACUCAAUUCUUUGAAAGUUUUCAGUGUUAGUGAUGCUGAGUUUGAAAACGUGGAGUCAUUCCCAGAGGAGAAUCUGCUGCCACCAACUCUUGUAUCUCUUUCUUUGUAUAAAUGUUCAAAGCUAAGAAUAAUGAACAACAAGGGUUUUCUCCACCUCAAUUCUCUCGAAUAUCUAUGGAUUGACAACUGCCCUAGUCUUGAGAGCUUGCCAGAGGAGGGUCUACCCAGUUCUCAAUUGUGGAUUAAAGAAUGUCCAAUAAUUAGGGAGAAGUACAAAAAGGAGGGAGGAGAGCGUUGGCAUACAAUUCGUCACAUCCCUCAUGUGGAGAUUGACUACAUCAUUGAGCAGCACGAAUGAGAUGUGGCCCCAGAAAUAAAGCAGGAAGACAGCUUGGAUCAACCAAUUACCAGGUUUGGAUGAGGCAUAAGGAUAAUGUGACGAUGCUUAUGGAACUAUGUCAUUUUUUGCAUCAAGUUAUCGAAGAAUGAUGAAUAUUAAAGAAGAAAUUGAACUCUUGUCUAAGUUCUCAAACUGAUCAAGGUGCUGAAAAGAAAAGAGGUAGAAGAAUAGGAGGAAAAUCUCAAUAGAUGAUGAUGAUAUAGAAAAUAUUCCAAGUUCAAAAAAGGGUAAUCAAAGACCAAGAAUUGAGUCAAAAAAACAAUCUUUGUCAACUAUUGUUGAGUAUGGCUCAUAAUCAUUGUUAAGUGGGCAGGGUCAAUCGAGCGGAUUAAGAGAGGCCCGUCUUUGGACUAAGCCCUACAGUUUGUUGUGUGGUGGUGACUGGUGGUUUGGUUUAGGGGUGAUGUUGUAGUUUGGACUGUAGUAUUUAAAUACAAAUUGUGCAUUGUAAAACUUAUUUUUCAUUGUUAAUACAAAGGAACUGCAGUUGCUGAAUUUCGUUACCAAA